GAGAUAAAUAUCGGGAAUGGACAUAUGAGGUUUUUUUACAAGUGAGUAAAAAAUUAAAAAAAAUGUGAAUUUUGGUUAUAUUAUAUGGUUAAAGAUGAGGACUGAGAUGUGAAUGCUCUUUAUAUUCUCUUAUUUUCCACUGACAAUUAGGUUAGAGGAUAAUGCUAAAUUGUCUCGAACUGGUAUAUGUCGUACUCAAUUCCAGUUAUAGAAGAACUGUUUUUCUGUACGCUAUGAUUUGAUGCAUCACCAUUUCGCAUCGAAACAAGUUUAAUAACAUCAUUUUAGUGAAAAGAAUAAGGUAAAAAAACAGUAUUACAGUGUUUCUGGUUAACUUACCAUUUAGGCCUAAAUUAAUAUUGUACAACAACAAACCAGUACGUCUGAUAUUCAAUACUAAAAUUUUCAAUAGCGAUACAAUACGUGUUCAUAUCAUUCUAGUUCUACACUCAAAUAAUUAUCCUCGCUUUAACUUCGUAAAAACAUAAAUAGAAAAUUAAAUUAAAAAUGUAUUAUAAUCUCUUUAAUAGGGAGAUGAAUUGAUUGUUUUGCUUCAUGAAAACAUCAAGUAAGAAUUAAAAUUGAGUGUAAAAGUAUUAUAAUCUCUUUACUGGGAAGAUCAAAUUAAUUAUUUUUUAAUGUCUCUUUACUAAGAAGAUAAUUAAUUAUUUUUUUAACGUUAAUGUCUUCAGCCACCUCAGUUGGAUGGUGUCCUUAACAACAACAAUCCUUUGCUAUGUAGGGGUGCUUUUUUUUUUUUAACGGUAAUGCCAUGUAGGGGUGCUAUGGUUGCCUCUGCCAAGCCCUUGGCGAGCAUUAAAGGAGAGAAAGUUGGGGACCAAUCAAUCAAAUUUCUUUUCUUUUUUCGUUUUUUAUAUAGUUAAUGAAAACUUUAAAGGAUGUUUUAUUUCACAUUGUGCAAAUUAACAAUAAAAUCCCCGUUUACGUGACAUGAUUAUCCCACACCAGCUGAUCUUGAAUAAGAAAAAAACACCUUACCAACACACUAUAUUUCCCUUAAAAACAAAAACAUGAGAUUAAAUACAAAAUGUAAAUCCAUAUAACAUUAUUCAUGCCGUUCCUAAAAAUUAUAUAAGAUCUUUUAAUAAAUAAUCAUAAAACUGUAACACUUCAAUAUCAAUAUUAUUAUUUUAUAAAUAUCUAACACCACUUUUUCAACUUGACUAAAUAUUAAACGAAAAUAUUAAAGACCAAUAAAUGCACCAAACUUUAACUUUAAAAUAUUUCUAAUAACCUGAUUUCCAAAAACAAAAAAAUACGUUACAGAGAAAAGUCUGCACCCGCCAACCACGGCUUCCUUCAAACCUGUGUAAAUUCAACGAUUUUCAUCGAUUUUUUUCUCCGAUUUCAUCUCGCUUCCAGAAAUAAUUUUGACACCACAAUCUUUCAACAUGUUACGUUCCAAAUCCAGAUCUGGGUAUGUGGAAGUUGGACAAAAGAAGCAUUCAUCGUUUCUGCUUAGAACGAUAUCUGGAUCGAAGAUUUGUCGAGGAGAUAGUCUUGCUUCGCAGGUUGAUAAAGCCGCGCUAGUUUCUGUUGAGCGUAAUUCUGUUAGCUUAGCGGAGAAUCGGAUAGUAAAGGCCGCAAUACAGCAAAAACAAAUCAACAGUUUAGAAGAGGAAUUGAAGAACACGAAAGUGAGAUUAGACGAAUCAGAAACCGAAAGAAACCGAGUGAUCGCUGAGCUUAACGAGGUUAAAGAGAUGGCUAACGCAGAAUCCGCAAAGUUGAUAGGGGAAUUGAAGAAAAGAAUUGUGGAACUGGAAGAUGAAGUUGAGAAAACUAAACAAUCAGAAGCACAUAUGUUGGAAGCAUUGAUGCUUCAAACACAACAGAUUGAGCAAACUAAAAUGGAUUUGGAAGAAUCAAAGCUUGAAGUGAAACAUCUAAACAAAGAGCUACAGUCACAAAAUGCUUCAGGAGAACAAGUAGCGCGUUUGCAAGAAGAAAUAAGAAAACUUAACCGAGAACUCGCGUUACAAAAGGACAAAUCCGAGCGCUUACGAAUGGAAACCGAAGAAUCUGUUUCUUCAUGGACCGCGAAAGAAAUGGGAUUCAUAGGUUGUAUAAAUAAAGCAUACGAAGAAAACGCCUCGCUCAUACGCGAAAACAAGAAGUUACAUGAAGCAUUAGUCGCGUCGGAAAACACCACCAAGAUCACAAGAGAAGAAACUUCUAAACUACGCGAUAUCGUCAAACAAGCGCUAAACGAGUCUAAGGCUGCUAAAGAAGCUUCCAACAUAGCCCGAGCUGAACACUCCGAGCUCAAGGACUUAUUAUCCAAAAAGGAAGAAUCGUUACGCGCUCUUACUGAAGAAAACGAAAAGUUAAGAAUCAAUGAAGUCGCGGCUCGUGAAAACUUGAAGGAGUUCAAAAGAUUACUCGCUGCAAAAACCGAAGCUAACAAACAUUAUGAAGCUAACAAACAUUGUGAAGAUAAAGAACAUACCGAAGUUUUCAACUCCCCGGUUGCUUCGCUUUACGAAGAUCAUUUAGAUGGAAGAACUAUACACCAACAAAUGUUUAGUUUUGAUGACUUUAAAUUUAAAAAAGAAGAAGACGACGACAUGUUAUAUCAUGAAGCUGAUCAUGCUGAAGCUUUUGUAGAUAUUGAUCCAGAGAAGGCUGAAGCACUCAAAGGGUCGAUUUUCGAUACUGAUGUGUCACCCAAGUCUGAACCGCGAACGCCAAAAACAAAAGGCAAUCAUCGGCGGAGUGCAACUGCCGGUCAUUUUGAAGAAGCGGAUCAUCAUGGACAUCAUACAGAAGAUGGUGAGGAUAAGGGGUAUUAUCUGUAUGGACUUUACCACAGGAAGAGAUUGUUUAAGAAGAUUGGAGAGCUUAUAGUUGGAAAAAAUAAAGAACAUGCGAAAGAACAAGGUAAAGAACAUGCGAAAGAACAAGGUAAAGAACAUGUGAAAGAACAAGGUAAAGAACAUGUGAAAGAACAAGGUAAAGAACAGGUGAAAGAACAAGGUAAAGAACAUGCGAAAGAACAAGGUAAAGAACAAGUGAAAGAACAAGGUAAAGAACAGGUGAAAGAACAAAGUAAAGAACAGGAAAGUUGAUUAUUUUUAUGGUAAGUUUAUACAUGGGAUUUGGAGACAUGAUCAUACUUUUGGUGAAUUAAAUUUUAUAAUUGGUUUGUAUUUAGUAUUUGUCACUGAUUUAUGAUUAUGGCUUCAACGUCCCUUUCAGAAUUUAGGAGUGUUUGAGACUGGUUAUUAAAACUGUGUAUAAUGCUUUAUAAUUGAUAGGUUUAAGUACGGGUAAUAUGAAAUUAUGAAUCCAUGAAA